UCCAGUAUGCAAUACCGGUCAACCUAUAUAAAAGCUGUGUAUUCUAGAUUCAUGAUUUAAAUAUUAUCCGUUGAUUUAUGUAGACGUUAGUUGUAGCUAAGAACGAAUUCGAUUUAUUUGAUGUCGGCGUUUCUGUGUUUGUAGAUUGAUACGUUGCCGGAAAAAGACAUUCGCGGUAGAGACAAUAUGACAUAAAGUUGCUUACGAUAACAUAAAUCACUAAAUACUGUAAUGAAAUAUCCAAAACAUUGAGAAGCGGAUAGUUGUGAUGCUGCAUAUAGUACUUGAAAAAAAGAUGUCUAAAGAAUUGUGCACAAGAGAAUUUUUACUUUUACUAAUUUGCAUAGAUUUAUUCAACUCUUCAACAUCGUACGUUGUGAAUGACGCGAAUGAUAUUUACGCCAUGUUAUCCAAUGAGUCAAGAUACAACAAACUUGUCCCACCAGACAACCUAGAUACUGUAUCUGCAGGAUACACCUUGCACAAUGUCAAUUCAUUAGAUUUGAAGUCACAGACGUUUUCGACAACAGGAUUUUUCACUCUGGAGUGGCAGGACGACCGAUUGAAAUGGAACACUGGUUCUAGAUAUAUAUUUGUACCAGAGAAUAAAGUUUGGCACCCCAACUUGAUUGUGUUUAAUUUAAUUGAAGAAUCACAGAAGAGUCUUGGUGCUGAAAGACCGGUCCAAGUAUAUAAUAACGGAACACUAGUUUGGAAACAAAUUGCAAUCUUGUCCACGUUUUGUUCCAUUAAUGUCUUUUUCUUUCCAUUUGACCGUCACAGAUGCGAAUUGCAAUUAGUUAGCUUGGAUCUACCUAUAUUCGAAAUCGAGUUAAAGUUCUUAAAAACGCCUCUACAUACUGUAGGAACACAAUUUUCAGUGGGGGAAUGGCGGAUUGGAACCUCAAUUAGUUACGACUUUAUAACGAUAGGCCCAGUGGAUGAGUGGAAAAAGAUGCUCACUUUCAUCAUAGAGGUAGCAAGGUAUCCUAGUCAUUACAUAAUGAUCAUCAUAGUUCCGACCGCUGUGAUUGCUGUAUUAACAUUUGUUACAUUUUUCCUACCGCUAAAAUCCGGAGUCAGAAUUGGAUAUAUUCUGACAGUGGUACUAGCUCUGGUGGUUUUACUGACGUUAUUUGCGGAAACAAUGCCUCAAUCUUCACGAUAUCCUUCAAUGCUAGUGAUAACAAUAACGGUAGCAUUAGGAAUGGCCUUACUUUUGGUAAUUAUAACAAUAUUUCUCAUGAGUCUGUACAAUAAACCAAAACACUGCAAAGCUCCGAACUGGAUGCACUCCUUGGUAAGGAAAUCCCGGAAGUUUAAGUUAAAGUGCAGAGCUAGGAGAAUAACACAUCUGGAACAACAUCAGGCUAAAGAAGCUGACCGACCAACGGGAGAAAGAGACAACGUGGAAAAUAGUGCGCAAUUGAAACCAUACAGCAACAAGGAGCUUGCAGCAUUCUUUGAUUAUUGUCUGUUUGUUGCUUAUACAGUAUUAUAUAUUUUGGGUAUUAUAAUAUUGCUUAUAAUAGGAACAUCAUUGUAUGUUAUAUUUUCAUAAUUCGACAUUUUUACUCCGAAAUGAGGAGUUUUCACUGCACGUUUUCCAUUAAAUUUUCAUGUGCAAUUUUGAUUUUCGAUCAAAUUUUGAAUAUUAUUAGAAUAUGUGGUAUAAUUGCCAAUGAGACAAUCCUCCACAUGAGACUAUAUGACACAGAAAUUAACAACUAUUGGUCACCGUACAAUAAAUAAAAUCCAUGCGGCUCAGUGAGUUAUAAGAGGCCCCGUGAUGAAAAAAUGUGAAACAAAACCAACAAGAAAACUUACGGACUGAUUUAUGUACACAAAAAUGAACGAAAACAAAUAUGACAAACAGCGAUAAAUGACAAUCACCGAAUAACAGGCUAUGUACUGACUGGGAAGACGCAUAUACAGAAUGUGUUUAAUGUUUUCAAUACGUAUAUUCUAAUAUUAUGAUUGACGUAAAACAAAAUAACACACAGUUUGCAUUUUUUUCACUAUUAUCAUGAUUGUCAAUUGUUAUAUCUUAAUGAUUAUAAAUCUUGAGGCUGUCAAAAUUGUAUCAAUAGCCAUCGAAAUUGUUUAAAAGAGAUAUCUAUAAUAAAGCUUUAGCUCUUCAAUUUUUGUUUUAGGUUUGAAAUAUUCAAUUUUUUCCUCCCAAAGUAUCACCAAUGAGACAAAAAUUGACGAAAUGUGCAUGUGUUAAAGUUAGAUCUACUUACCUUUCCAAAUCACCUGAGAUCACCCUCAGUUUUUUAUCACCCCCAGAUUUUGGUGGGGUUCGUGUUUCUUAGUUUUUAUUUUUUUCUAUGUUGUGUUUUGUGUAUUAUUGUUUGUCUUUUUCUUUUUUAACUAUGUCGUUGUCAGUUUGUUUUCGAUUUGUGAGUUAGAAUAUCUCUCUUGUGUACCAUGUGUGUAAAUUAUGUAUUUUAUAUCUUACUAUACGAUUGAGGUUUUUGAUUAUUGUUGCAGGCUAUUAUAAAUUACAUUUUCUGUUCAACUGCAAUGCAUAGUGUUAGAAGGCAACAAAUCAAUUGAAGAUAAAACGUUCAACUGCAGCAUACUCCAGCUCGGUAAACAUUAUAACAAGCUAUAACAUUAAAUAUAUAUCCCAAAAUCUAGAGAAAUUGCAAAAAAAAAAAAAAAAUAUUCAACAUUAUCAACAUGAAUUUUAACAGACAAGCAACUAUAUUAAGAACAACCCCAGACUUGUCAAAAUUUGAAGGUUAAGACGGAAGAACAGAUGACAGCUGCCUUUUCGGACACGAGAAGGCGACGGAACAAAUAAUGUGGAUAAUUGUAUAACAUUUAUAUUUUUAUUUUAUUGUAUUAUAUAUUAUUUUUUGCUCGACUUAUAUAUUAUUUUUGAUGAGAUAAAAUGCAGUGGCCAUGAUUUGACUUUUUCCUUUCUUUUUUUUUUUGCUACUGAACCAUAUUCGGUCGACAUUCAAAACGUAUAACGCAGAUGAAAAAAAACUAAAUUCGGAAAUAUCUGAUGUUUUGCAAAUUUGUAUUUGUUUUUCGAGCUGUAAAGGAAAUUAUAUGAAAAACUAUGUGCAACAGUGUAUGCAUUUUGAUUUAAAUAGAACAACUGACUUGUUACAAGACUUUUGUAAUUCGUAUGUAAAAGGUAAUAUGAAAACCAAUUUUCGAGGAGGGAACAGACUUGAUGCACAUUUUAAUGUUGGACGUUUGUCAUUUCAUUAACCUAAUGCACGUUCAAGGUAAAAUAAAUAGGCAAGAUUUUUUAUCAGAUUUAUAACAAUCAUAUCGGUAGAAACGUAAAAUAUAACUAGGAUGAUCAGAAAGUUCUCUGUAUGUCAAGAGUAAAUUUCCCGGUUACAAUAAAUAAAUGCAAGGAAAACAACGCAGAUAUGUAAAUGUUUUGACUCGACAUAUAUUUUUUUUUUUACGAAUAAACUCUUUGGCGUCGA